AUGACAGAAGAAAGAGAGCAAGUUGGACCUUUUGUCUACCCGUUCCCAGACGGUUUUGAGCUAAGCAAUUGGAGCGUGUUAGAGCUAUCGUCUUUUGUAAAUAAUAAAUCAAAUAAUACUGAGAUUGAAUGCGAUAAUGAUUCGAAAUACGAGCUCGAUACACCUAUAUACAAUAUUGAAUCUGAUGAGGAAAAAAAUGACGAGCCCUCUGCUGAGUUAUUGAGAAUGCUAGAAGAAGAAAAGAUGUUGGGACCCCAUGAAGAAUUAACUGAGACAAUUAACUUGGGAUCACAAGCCGAAGCCAAAGAGAUUAAAAUAGGCACUCAUAUGUCUUCAGAGAGUCGCAAAAAGUUGAUAGAGUUACUUCAUGAGUAUGCUGAUGUUUUUGCUUGGUCCUAUCAGGAUAUGCCUGAGAUGCCACCUCCACAGACGCAGAAAGAAGUCAGAGGAUUUCUAGGACGACUCAACUACAUCGCAAGGUUCAUAUCUCACUUAACAGCAACUUGCGAACCCAUCUUUAAAUUGCUCCGUAAGAACAACGAUGGGGUAUGGAGUGAAGAUUGUCAAGCAGCAUUCAAUAAGAUUAAGCAGUAUUUGCAAGACCCUCCAGUUCUUGUGCCACCAACUCCAGGACGACCCCUUAUUUUAUAUCUCACAGUGACUGAAGGCUCAAUGGGAUGUGUACUGGGGCAGCAUGAUGAUUCAGGCAGGAAAGAACGUGCAAUAUAUUAUUUAAGUAAGAAGUUCACCGAUUGCGAGACCAGAUACUCUCAAGUAGAAAAAACUUGUUGUGCUCUAGCUUGGGCUACUCGACGUCUAAGACAAUACAUGUUGUAUUAUACCACAUGGCUCAUUUCAAAGAUGGACCCCAUAAAGUACAUUUUUGAAAAGCCAUCUCUCUUGGGUCGAAUUGCAAGGUGGCAGGUUCUCUUGUCCGAAUAUGAUAUUGUCUAUGUGACUCGAAAGGCUAUUAAGGGGGGUGCUUUGGCUGACUACCUAGCUCAACAACCUAUAAAUGACUACAUACCGGUGAAGUUCGAUUUUCCAGAUGAGUAUAUCUCCACCAUAACCACAAGUGAGGAAAGUUUAGACCCGCAAACUUGGACCAUGAUGUUUGAUGGUGCUUCUAACGAGUUAGGUCAUGGGAUAGGGGCUAUUUUGAUAUCACCCAAAGGGGAACUAUACCCUCUUACCGCUAGAUUAUGUUUUGACUGCACACAUAAUAUGGCAGAGUAUGAAGCAUAA